GGACAAUAAACUUUACUUUGACACAAAAGAACAUUUUCCUAUAUUUUGAGCCCGAUUAUGAAAGGAGGCCCGAGUCCAAUUCGAUGAGAUCUCUGAGUCCACAUUGCAAAAAUCAACAAUACAUGAUAAUAGAUGGAAAGGGAGGGUGUAGAUAUUGGGCUCUUUUUUACUCCUUCAUCUUUCUUCUCCAACCUUCAAGAAUUUUCUCCAAUCUUCUCUCCCCCUUCCUAUAAAUCCCCACACAGACCACUUUCCCCUCCCCAGUCGUAAGCUGCUGAUCCUUCCAAAUCUUCAUAAUCCCACGAAGUUUCCUCCCAAUUAAUAACAAUCAGAUUAUUAUCAAUGGCUGCCAAUGCUCUGCUUUGCUCUGUUCCUCCUCUCGUUUCCAACCCCUCUGUUUCAAAUAACACUCCCCGUCGGCUCACGUUCCGCCCCUGCUCUGCUUCCGUCCCAUCUUCCCACGGCGUUAGAAGGCCGUUGAAGCUCAGAGCCCAGUCCUCCGCCGCCGGUGAUCACACCCAAGACACCGCCGUCGAUGUCCAUCACGUCACCAGCAGUGGUGACAACACCCGCGCGGUUGAGCAUCGGCCUCGCCGUCGCCCUGCCGCCCUUGACGCCUCCCCUUUCGGGCUUCUAGACCCACUCUCUCCGAUGAGGACAAUGCGCCAAAUGCUGGACACAAUGGACAGGAUAUUCGAGGACGGGUUGUCAUUCCCGGCGGUCGGAAGAAACAGGGCGACAGGAGAAGUGCGGGCCCCAUGGGAAAUCAGGGACGAGGAGCAAGAGGUCAAGCUGCGAAUAGACAUGCCGGGGCUGUCCAAGGAGGAGGUCAGGGUCUCCGUGGAAGACGACCUGCUGGUCAUCAAAGGGGAGCACAAGAAGGGAGACGAAGACGGCGGCAAAGACGGCGACUCGUGGUGGUCGAAGAGUUACAGCUCCUACGACACCCGGUUCCGGCUGCCGGAAAACUGCGACACCGGCAAGGUGAAGGCUGAGUUGAAGAACGGAGUUCUUCUGAUCUCGGUCCCCAAGGUCAAGGUGGAGAAGAAGGUCAUUGAUGUCGAGAUCAAGUGAGAACUAAUAAGUUCAAAUGAGUAAAAAGAUAUAUAAUGUCAAGAAAUAUAUAUAAAGAGUGACAGGCAUCACUCAUCAUCAGUACUUUUUGAUGCACAUUGCCCAGAGAGUUUAAACAUAUAUAUAAAUAUAACCAUCACCAGAAAUAAACCUCCCUCAUGACAACUCAAAAACCUCUAAUGGAUCAUAUCCCACCUUCACAGUUGUCACUUAAAGCCGGGAUAAUCGUAACAUAUAUAGGGGCUGCAGCGUAUCUAUG